UUCGCUCAGUACACGAUGGCCAAUCUCGACUACGCAGAAGAGAAAAUUGUGCAGGAGAAUGUAGCGAACGAGUCGGUGCCUUACACAGGAGCAGGAGAUCAGGUAGAUGUCUUUGGGGACGAAGAGCAACAUGAUAUCCGGUACAAGACUCUGAGCUGGCAGCUCGUCGCCGCACUCAUGAUCACGGAGAUCGUGAGCACAGGCAUGCUGACGCUCCCGAACGCCAUGGCAGUCGUGGGGAUCGUCCCGUCUCUCAUCCUGACGGUCUUCCUAGGCGUGUUCGCUUUGUACACCGCCAAGCUGCUCAUCGACUUCAAGCAUAACCAUCCGGAGGUGCACAACAUGGGCGAUGCCGGGUUCAUCAUGUUCGGCCCCGUAGGCCGCGAGAUCUUCUCCGUGGGCUCGCUGAUCUUCGCCAUAUUCUGCGUCGGGGCCCUCGUCCUCUCCGGGCAGCAGGCCCUCUCGGUGCUCUCGGACAACGGCCUAUGCGCGACAGUGUUGCUGGUGAUCUUCUCGCUCGCGACGUUCCUCGUCUCCCUCCCCCGGACGCUGGCGCAGCUCAGCUGGGUCGGGCUGCUGAGCGCGGCCUUUAUCGGCAUUUGUGGGUUGUCUGGUAUGAUCGGAGCGGGGGCGAACCCUGUCCCCGGCCGAGUCGUCGUUGCGACUGUCCCGAACAACUUUUACGAGGCCUUCCUUGCGAUUACUGGGCCUGUGUUUGCAUAUGCAGGCCAUUUCAGGUUCUUCGUCCUCAUUUCUGAGAUGAAGCGCCCAGAAGACGCUAUGAAGGCUGCUUGGGUGCUGCAAGGGUUCUCGACCACGUUCUACGCCGUUUUCAGCGUGGUCGUGUACGCGUAUAUCGGCAGCACCGUUGCCUCGCCCGCUCUCCUUUCGCUCCCUCCCAUCUGGGCGAAGGUCAGCUUCGCCUUCGGCUUGGUGAACUUCCUCAUAACAGGAGCGAUCUAUGCCCAUACCGCGGCGAAGCUUGUCUUCGUCCGCGUCUUCCGGGGCACCCACCACAUCUACACGCACACGGUGCUCGGCUGGUCGACAUGGGUCGGGCUCUGCUUUGCCUCUGUCGCGGUGUCCUUCGUGCUGGCGAGCGCCGUCCCCAUUUUCUCGUACCUCACCGGGAUCACAGCCUCGCUUUUCGCGUCGUGGUACACUUACGGAGUGGCUGGCUUCUUCUGGCUCUACGAUACCUUCCACCUCAAGGGAGGGCUUGAUGCGCUGAAGAGGAGGCGGCUCGGGACAUCGUUGGCUGUCGCGACCGUCCUCGCGGGGGCGUUCAUGUGUGUGGCCGGGACGUAUGUCUCAAUCAAGCUGAUCGCGGACGCGUACGAUGCAGGGCUUGUUGGAAAGCCGUUUACAUGUUAAUCGCACUCGAUUUGCUCUCCGUACGACUGAUAUGGCAGGGUAGUGCUUAUACAAAGACAUUCAAAGAGGAACAC